AUGGUAAUAUCCAAACUAUUGGAUCUAGGUGUUCGACGAUCCUUGGUACCAUGGAUAAUUAACUUUCUUUCUAACCGUCGACACAGAGUUAAAUUAGGAGAUAUAACCUCCGAUUGGUUACCAAUGAAAGCUGGCGUCCCACAGGGGACAAAGCUUGAUCCAAUUUUGUCUUUGGUAAUGAUAAAUAAUCUCAAUCCCAGAUCCAGCGGAACAGAUAUUUGGAAAUAUGUUGACGAUGUAUCAACCUCGGAGGGACUGGCAAAGAACAGCAAUUCUAAUAUGCAAUCUAAUCUUGACUCAAUCUGUUCUUGGUCCCUACAGAAUUAUAUGAAACUUAACGUUGAAAAAUGUAAAGAACUACGUAUUUGUUUCCAGAAAGGUAAACCUGAACUAUUGCCAUUAUUGAUAGAUGAACAAGCGCUUGAAAUCGUUCAGUCUCACAAAGUUCUUGGCCUUAUUAUUCAGAACAAUCUAAAAUUGAACGAACACAUUGAUUCAGUCGUUUCCAAAGCAUCGAAACGGUUGUACAUUAUCCGCACUUUACGCCGAAGUGGCGUCCCUGCUGAAGAUUUACUUGAGAUCUAUUUCGCGAUCAUACGCUCAGUGUUAGAGUAUUGUUGUGUUGUUUGGCAUAAUAAUUUACCUUCGUAUCUUGCUAACCAGUUAGAACGAGUUCAGAAACGCGCACUUAGAAUUAUUUUACCAGAAUACACCUAUAGUGAAGCCCUAACAUUUCUGAAAUGCACCCGGCUAGACGAGAGACGAGAAAAACUUUGCUUUAAAACCUUGAAAAAUAUACCACAAGGAAGUCCUUUAUUUAGUCACAUUCCUACACCGAGAGACACCUGUUGCGAUUACAACCUAAGAAAUUCUAAUGCAUUAACUACGAUCAAAUGCAGAACAGAACGGUCCCGCAGCAGCUUCUUUCCGAGCACUGUGGCUAUUUUUAAUAAUGACAGUAGCAACAUUUAAAUACAGAUUUUAUGUACUAUUUAAAAAACGAGCAGGAGUGUUUUAUUAGGUUUAAAGCCACGAGCGCGCAGCGCGAGUGGCUUUAGACCUAAUAAAACACGACCCGCGAGUUUUUUAAAUGACUUCAAAAACGUAUGCAUAAUAAGUCAAAUCUUUAUAUAAAAAUCUUUAUAUAAAAACCUUUAUAUAAAAAUCUUUAUAUAAAAAUCUUUAUAUAGUUCGCAUAACAAUGGUCUUUUGUUAAAGUGUUCUUUAGCUGGUAUAAAGACGUAUGCACGUGACUAAUUUCUUACUCAAGAUUGGAUAAUUGCUUCAUGAAUUAUUAAUGAGUUUUUGAAAUACGUAUAAAGUAACGUUUUAAUAUAUUCUAACUCUUUAAUCCUUAGUAUUGUUUAAUAUAGUAAUUAAAUACUUAGUUGUAAAUUCACCGCAACUCAAAUUUAUGCGAUGGUGAAUAUUCUUAAACAUGAAUAAUAAUAAUAAUAACCCAGUGGUGUUUGAAAAAUCUCAAACAAGCUUUCGUAGGCUGAAGUGAACAGAUACUGGCAUGAAGUUAUGUAAACCUCUAAUACUGUUUAAAAACAUGAUUAGAGGUUUACAUAACUUCAUGCCAGUAUCUGUUCACUUCAGCCUACGAAAGAUUGUUCGAGAUUUUUCAAACACCACUAUAUAUGCUUAUAUUUUCAUAAAUUGCAGGUGCGCCAUGAAAUUGAUCAAAAUGUAUAAUAUUGCUAUUUCGGUUCAAAUAUAUUAUAUAUUUAGGGAAAUCAUUGAGAUUAAUUUCCCAUUUCAAAAUACUGACUAUCGAAAUGCAUGAAUUGCCAUUUUACGAGUACUUUAUGGGUUUAGCAAAUGUUUCUCUUGUUAUUAAGUUGAAUGAUUUUUAUUUGAAUUACCAUCAUUCUGACUUAUGUACAACAUAAACUAACCAAUAAUAAUCACAAAUUAAUAUGUUUGUUUGGCAAUUUUUUUUUAACUAUUUAUUAACUUCAGCCGUCAACAUACAUACAAACAUGCACGAAGACGGUUCAGGAACACUAACACAGCGUGAGCCAAUUACGUUAGUGACCUAAAUCCGUCGAUAAAAUAAGACGAAAAUGGCGAAAAAUAGGUUUGCUAGACGUACAUGUAUAUGCGCAAAGGAAUUGCAUUGUUGCUAUGAAAAAAAUUUCAUGCACAAUUAUUGAGUAAACAUUUAUAUAUUUUGAAGUGACUAUACAGCCGGGCAGCCGGCUAUUUAGUAAACUGCUGGCUAUACAGCCGGCUAUUUAGUAAAAUGCUGGCUUUUUAGUAGUCUCCUUCGCAACCGCUCUUUGUGUCGAGGUUUCUCCAUAUCUAAAUAAAUUUAGCGACAUAAAUAUCUUAACAAGUCCAAGGUCAUAACUGCUAACCGUAUAACCUUUUGAAAGUUAGAAAAGGUUUAAAAAAUUAUUUAAGAAAAAAUAUGCUAAGAAAGAACAAAACACAACACGACCCGGACUGCGUUUCACUUUCCGCACGCAGCGCCUUUACCGUAUGCGCUUGGUAAAAGCUGGCACAAACAAAAGUUUUAUCCCCGAGCCGACGGCGCGAAGCGCCGUGUGAGGGUACUAAUUCCCCCCGGCUAUUUACACCGGGGGAAACGAAAGCAUUAGCGAAGUCUACAGUUCAUCAAAUAUCGCGGGCGUGGGUCACUGUGCGUGUUUCGGUGGGUGGUCAUCCUCACUGAUCUCAUAAUAUAGCGGACUGUAAUGAAUAGCCAACACUGAUUGGUCCAAUUUAAAAUUGGCAUUAUAACGGCUGCAUGACGAUUGACGACAGCGAAAUUGAUUUGAUGAUUUCUUGCAAAUAUAUUUCAUUUUUGCAAGAUUUUGUAAAUUGCAAAGGAUUUUUGAUGAAAUAAAGGCAAGAGGAUUGCUAAAAGAAGGAAGUAAAGGUGCCGACGUUAACGAAGGUAAGUUUGUUUUAAAUAUUGAUGCAUUGUUUGCUUUUAAUAUACUGUAAUCUCGGCUGUAAUUACUUUAAAAGCCGAACGUUGCGUAUAUAAAAUAUGAAACAAGACAGCGUAUUAUUUCAGUGUUUCUUUAUUGAUUACACUUUUUAUUAUACUAAGCAAAGUUAUUUACAUGGGAGAAUUUGGAAUCAUUUUAUUUCGAACUCAAAGUUUAUCGAUAAAGGCAGUUUAGUUCUAUAUUAAAAGAACACUUUCAAACGUUUUGCGAAGCGUUUGUGGUUGAAUUUCACCUUAAAUUGAAGCUUAUGUUACGUAUAAUUACAUACCUACUGUAAUUACUUUAAAAUCCGAUCGUUGUGUAUAAAUAUGAAACAAGACAGCGUAUUAUUUCAGUGUUUCUUUAUUGAUUACACUUUUUAUUAUACUAAGCAAAGUUAUUUGCAUGAGAGAAUUUGGAAUCAUUUUAUUUCGAAGUCAAAGUUUAUCGAUAAAGGCAGUUUAGUUCUAUAGUAAAAGAACAUUUUAAAACGUUUUGCGUAAGCGUUUGUGGUUGAAUUUUACCUUAAAUUCAAGCUUAUAUUACGUAUAAUAACAUACCUAACAUAUAUAUGUUUAGGAAAUUGAUAAUUUUGUAAUUAAAAGUGAUAUUUAUAGGGGAUUUUUCAUUUGUAAAAAUAUUCUUAAAAAAUUAUCGUGUUACCAUGACAACUACUUAAAAUACUUCACGUUCGGAAAAUAAAAAGGUUUUGUCUGCAAGGCGAGGGUUUCUGCAUGCAUGUAUUUUCUAGUAUUUCACUAUAUAGUCAACUAUAUAGCCGACAAUUUACUAUAUACCCGACUAUAUUGUCACUUUGUUUAUAUUUGAUAUGAUAAAGAAUGUUCAGAUUGCAGUCUCUUCUCUACCACAAUCAAAGUCAGAAAGCCACCAUUUUUAUAAUAAAAACAGACAGAAUAAGAGUUACAAAAUGGGCAUUUAUUAAUGUAUCAUGUAUUCAUGUAUGCCCUCUAUAAAAUGAAAAACCACACAAUCUGUAAAUACAUCUUACUAACUUUAACUCAACUUACGAAGCAAUCCUAUAAUUAUAAGAUGUCCUGUGACUAAUGUACCAUAUAACAAAAUUUUAAAGUAACAUAAAAAUUCUAAAAUCUAAAUGAUGUGACUAUAAAUGCACCAUAACAAAAUAAUUAUGAAUAGAUGAAUAAACCAUCGAUAUUAUUAAAAAAGCAUGCACGGUUGAAUUUCGUUGAAGUUGAAUUUCGAAAUUUAAAAAAUUUUAAUGUCGAUAAUUUCCAAGCCGACCUGUAUAGUCAGGAUUGGGAAUUAUUAGAUAACCAAGCAUGCGUUGAUAAGAUGUGGGAUAUAUGGAAAACACUCUUUAUGACAGUGCUCGACAAACAUGCUCCAAAUAAAGAGAAAAGAGUGAAAGAUAAACCCAGUGUCCCUUGGUUAACCACUACAAUCAAAAAACAAAUUAGAGAACGAGAUCGUCUAAAACUUCUUGCAAUAAAAUACAAAUCGGAAAAUUACUGGGAUGCUUAUAAAUCGUCUAGAAAUCGCAUAACAGAUGCUUUGCGAGAAGAUAAAACAGCUUAUUAUAAAGUACAAUUUGAUAAAGUAAAACAUGAUCCAAAACAAGCUUGGAAAACUGUUAAUAAAAUCCUAAAUCGAAAGCAAAAAUGUCCAGAUAUAAACUCUGUCAAAACUCAGAAUGGAGAGAUAACCGAUCCAAAUGAGUUAGCGGAAAGCUUCAAUGAUUAUUUUACUAAUAUUGGUCCAGAUAUUGCAAAAACGAUCGAUAAAGGUGACAGAAAUUUCACGGAUUACAUAACUAGAGUAACUAGCAAUUUUAAGUUCCAAGCUGUAUCUGAAUCGAAAGUUCAUAGACUUCUUUUGUCUCUAAAUCCCGGUAAAUCUACCGGUAUUGACAAAAUUCCAGCCAAAAUUAUUCGUAUUGCUUCCCCAGUAAUUGCAAAUUCCUUGGCAAAAAUUUUUAAUAGGGCAAUCACCAGUGAAUCCGCUCCAUCUGAAUGGAAAGCAGCGAGAGUUACACCUUUACAUAAAAAGGCCCUCGAAACCUGUUAA